AUGGAAGACCCGUGGGCCGACUCGGCCGCCACAUCGGACCCUCUCGGUUCCUCCACCCAAGAGAGCGCCGACGACGGCACCGCCACCGCUCCCACCGGUUCCAGCGCCCCGUCCACAACCGCCGCCGCGACAUCCUCCUCCGCCCGCCCCUCGCGCAUCACCCCGCGCCGCUUCGUCGCCCAGCCCACCCGCCUGCAAGCAGUCGAAGACGACCCCCUCGGCCCGCUCGGCGCACCCGCCACCUCUGCCGCCGCCACCCCCCCGCUCCCCACCACCGCCGCCGAUGCCCUCCACUCCCCGCUCGGCCCGGCCGCAGGCCAAGAAGGCGGGCCCCCCGUCCCGCCGCUCAAGGAGAACAACCUCCCCCUCCGCACCACCAUGGGGCCCCCCACCCCGGGCUCGGCUGGCGGCGGGAGCAAGCUGCACCCGCACCAACAACACCGACCCGGCGCUGUUGGUGUUGGUGCUGCCGGCGGGCCGCCGGACCCGCAUCGCAUCGACGACGACGACAGCGAGAGGGAUGAUGGUGGGAGGCCGGGCGGGAGACAGCCGCCGCCCGUGCAGGCCGCCCACCCGAGUCCCUUGCACACGGCAACGCGCCCGAGUGUCAGCGUCGAGCAGGCGGCGCGGCCGAGCUUCCAUAUUGCGGUGGGCGAUCCGCAUAAGGUGGGGGAUUUGACUAGUAGUCAUAUUGUUUAUUCGGUUAGGACCACGACGACGUCCAAGGCGUAUAAGCAGAGCGAGUUCGAGGUUAAGAGACGGUACCGGGAUUUCUUGUGGCUGUACAACACCCUGCACGCGAACAACCCCGGCGUGGUGGUGCCGCCGCCGCCCGAGAAGCAGGCCGUAGGCCGGUUCGAGAGCAAUUUCGUCGAGGCGCGGCGCGCGGCGCUAGAGAAGAUGCUCAACAAGACCGCGGCGCACCCGACGCUGCAGCAGGACGGCGAUCUGAAGCUGUUCCUGGAGAGUGAGGCGUUUAAUGUGGAUGUCAAGCACAAGGAGCGGAAGGAGCCGAGUCUCGGGGAGAGCAAGAGCGUGCUCGGGUCGCUGGGGUUCGGCGUGGGCGGUGGGAAUAAGUUCGUCGAGCAGGAUGAUUGGUUCCAUGAUCGCAGGGUCUAUCUUGACGCGCUCGAAAACCAACUCAAGGCGCUCCUCAAAGCCAUGGACGGCAUGGUUGCCCAGCGCAAGGCCAUGGCCGAGGCAGCCGGUGAUUUCUCAGCUUCCCUCCACGCCCUCUCUACCGUCGAGCUCUCACCCACCCUCUCCGGGCCCCUCGACGCCCUCUCCGAGCUACAACUCACGAUCCGCGACGUCUACGACCGCCAGGCACAACAAGACGUGCUCACAUUUGGCAUCAUCCUCGAGGAGUACAUCCGGCUGAUCGGCAGCGUCAAGCAAGCGUUCUCACAGCGCCAAAAGGCCUUCCAUAGCUGGCACGCAACCGAGUCGGAGCUCUCCAAGCGUAAAACCGCGCAGGACAAGCUGCUGCGCCAGGGCAAGAGCCAGCAGGACCGCCUCAACCAGGUCAACGCCGAGGUCGCCGACGCCGAGCACAAAGUGCACAAGGCGCGGCUUCUGUUUGAAGACAUGGGCCGGCUGAUGCGGUCGGAACUGGACCGCUUUGAGCGAGAGAAGGUGGAGGAUUUCAAAUCCGGGGUCGAGACUUUCCUCGAGAGCGCGGUCGAGGCGCAGAAGGAGUUGAUCGAGAAAUGGGAGACGUUCUUGAUGCAGCUCGAUGCUGAGGACGACGAGACUGUCUUCUACCGCCCCCCUGUUAUCCAGGCAAACAAGCCUGCCGGCGACACGGCUGUGGAUCGGGCUAGGGCGAGGAUCCACGAAGAUUCGGAUUAG